GCCGAACUCUCACGCUAUUCUAAAAAUUUAAUAAGUCAGCACGAUUACCGACUGUGUAUCACAUCUAUUGAAGUGUAUUCCAAACACUGUAUUUAAUAUUUUAAGCACAAAAGUGGUUUGUUUAUUUUGUCUCUCUAAAAAGUAAAUCACAAAAUGUUGAACAGACAAAAAUCCAUACAAUCAUGCGAUGUGUUUUUUUCUAAAAAAUUAUUUGUGCUCUACAAAUUAAUAAUAGAAUGAACGACAAAAUGUACACAAGAAUGUUAUUACGGCGUAGAUUUUGCAAACGUGUAUUAUAUAUGGGAACAGUCUUCGCUCUUUCAUUUUAUAUAUCGGUUUUAUUGUUCGGAGAUUUAAAAUCACCUAGAGUGAUGAAUUUAACUGAACUAGAUCGAUGUCCUGCUUGCUACGGGAUCUCCGUGUGUCCCGAAUUAUAUUCCAACCAGAUAUUUUUAGAAAAUAACCACGGUUGGCUAAGUAUAUUCAAUGCUAAAAAUAUUUAUUAUGGAUACACUAGAUCCAACCGGCGAGUGGUUUUAAAAAAAUUAGCUCAUAAUUGGGAGCUGAAGGAGUUUGAUUCCAAAUUGUGCACGUCAUGGAACUUGAAAAGGACAUGUACUCCUAUCAGUUUGUUGAAUGUUUCCAAUGUUGAUGAAAAAAUUAUUGACAUUGUGGGCUAUAAUUUAACAUGGGCUGAUCCUAUGCCUAGAAAGGGGCUAGUGUUAUGUCCAUACGCGUACAGCCUCUAUGAUUUGAUUCAGCCGCUAACAAACAGCAGGAAUAGCAAUUUUAAGGCUGAGAUGAUCAACUUGUGGACUGUACUGAGUAUUAAUCCAGAGCCUUUAAUACUACAAGUUCUGUUAAAGUCCCGUGGCUGGCCAGUGCCAGCGUAUGGCGGUGUGUGCGGAAGACUAGAAGUAGUUGCAUAUGAAGGGGAGCCCCUAUCCCAAUUGACUCAUGUAGAGUGGUAUAAAAAACUUAAAUAUGCCAGGAAAAUACUGGAGGCUGCUAUGGAUUUCACAUUUAAACAUGAUAGAUUCCGUUUCUACCUACUAGACUGGUCAAUCGACAACAUUGUGGCCAAUGAAAGGGACGAAAUCACUUUUGUAGAUCUUGAAGAUGUAGUUGUCCUCGAUAAACAUAUAUCUCCACGACGCGACCUGCCUUACUGGUACCAACGGUACACACGGAACAUAUUAGGUCCUGGAUUCACAUUUUCCAUAGACAGUAUGUGUAAACAUCACCUUAGCGAUCAUAAUAUUUGGGCGGCAUGCUACAUACUGGCCAGCAAUGAUAAUGGUUAUCUAUAUCCAAUCCCCAAAGAGGUGAAUGCAUCAAAACCUCAUUUUGAUAGGUUGAUGAACGAGUGCCUACAUGGGGAUGAUAGAUUUCGUACGGUAACGAAGCUACAGCAUGUUAUAAAUGAUAUGUUGAAUGAUGAAAAUGUUGUAGGAUAUAGUGUGAGGUGAUAUGAACAUUAAAACUCUGGAACAUAUAACUUACAUAGUCUGCAGAGUGAAUAUUACAUACUCUUAUAUCUGCAAUUAUCCUGAAUGUUUUUCUAAGAUCUUUAUAGACUUAAAGUUACAAUGGUCUUUACGGAGUUACUAUAAUGGGUACUCAAUACUUUUAACAAACAAUCUAUGUAGUAAAAGAUAAAUUAAAUUAAUUAGCAGUGUUUGAGUACUAUUUUUAAUAAUUAUUUUUAUACAGUAAACAUAACUGAAGAAUCCUAUUCAAUGGUCACAAAUCUGAAUAUCACAAUGCAUAUAUUGCAUCCUAAUGAAUGGGUAUCAGAAACUAUACCUGGGCCCAGGUGUUUCAAAAUGCAAAAUAGCUAACAGAAAUUUGUAUCACAUGUAUAGUCAUAAUAUUUAUAAAAUCUCAUCUGUAUUAUACAAUGCUUUUGUAUCUUAUUAAUAUUAUUAUUAUUUGUUAUCAGGCAGGCAGUUUGUUUAAUUGAUAUGCUAGUAUCCUGAAAUCUCGAUUGUGGUUUCAAAAUAUUUGUUAAAUUCGUUCUUAAGCCCAUGCGCAUUAUUUACAGUGACAACACCCUGUGGGAACUUGUUCCACUCUUACUAUUCUGUUCAUCAUUAUUUUUCAUUAUUAUUGUUAUUUAUAAUCUACUGACAAUUACAUAUAGCAGAAUUAUAUUUGUGGGUGUGCUUUAUAAAUAGCAAGUAAUCUCUAAAGGGGUCUACAACUAAAGUUAAAAAUUAUAAUUAACUAUAUAUAAGUAAUUUUAAAAAAAUCCUGUCACAUAAUUACUUUUAACUAUAUCUGCUCAAAUUCUUUGAAUCUCAGACUACCUUUUGGAUAAGUAUACUUGCUAUGAAUAUAUGAUUAUAUUAAUUAAUAAACUUUCAAAUUAUAGUAAUAUAUUGUGUAAGUAUAUAAUGUUCUUUACAGAAAAAUUCCAUGACCAUAGUUAAAUUAAAUUUUCAUGUGUUAUUCUGUCUUCAAUUGUAAUAAUUAAAUAAUCUCAAUUUUGUGUUCGAUAAUCUGUGAUAUUUGUUUAAAUUCUCUAAAAUUCUUGUCAGAAUUGGUUGUGAUGUGAAAUCAUCAAUAAAAUGUUAUUUCUAAUGUCAUAAAUGUAUUUAAGAAGAA